CACAACUGUUAUAUAUAUAUAUAUAUACACACACACACAACAUAUCUGAUCUCCUUUCACAGUUUUCUUUUCUUUGAUUUUAUUUCACUGUUCGUUGUUUACUCCAACCUGCGGAUGGCAACAACACGCUAAGAAACGUCUUGUCUGUCCGGAAAUCCAAGGAUAUAUAUGUAUAUAUACUUGGAUUUCAUCAAUAUACAUGUAUUUAUGUAAACCUCUAUUUAACUAUAUAAUGUAUAUAAUGAAAUCAGUAUCCGAAUGGGGAAAAGUGUCUGAUAGACCUACUUAUUCUAACUGGAAUAUAGGAGGCGAUGCUAUCCAGUUUGACUGUAGCGCAGCGCUUCUGAUCUGAAGAACGUGCCCAUACAUUUCCCAGACUGCAGCAGUAACAACAGGAAGUGUACCGCUUGGCUAAGGAGUUUAUCGCUAAGUGACCGAUUCACCUGAUUUCCGUAGCAUUUAAAUAGCUAACCUUGUUGAUCCGCUAGCUGUAACGAUAGCUAGCUAAUAUCUGACUGACAACUUCCCAACUACACCAUUCCGAUUAAGCGUGCUUGGAAGGAAAGUGUACCUUUUCAAACAGGGAUGACGUGUUCAUUAGAAAAUGUAUUGUCAGACGCCAAGUCGCUGGUGGAAAGACUCCGCAACCAUGACAAUGCAGCGGAGGUACUUAUCGAACAGACAACGUCCCUUAACAAGAGGGUGGAGGCCAUGAAACAGUAUCAGGAGGAGAUUGAGUCGCUGAACCAGGUGGCCCGGCAUCGGCCCCGUUCCAGUCUCGUCAUGGGCAUCCAGCAGGAAAACCGGCAGAUCCGUGACCUACAGCAGGAAAACAAAGAGUUGAGAACAUCCCUGGAGGAACACCAGUCGGCCAUAGAGCUCAUCAUGACUAAAUACAGGGAGCAGGUCUUCAGACUCCUCAUGGCCAGUAAGAAGGACGACCCAGCCAUCGUGACCCAAUUAAAGGAGCAGCACACCACUGAAAUGCAAGCACACAUAGACAAGAUCAAUGAGAUGGCUACGGUGAUGAGGAAGGCUAUCGAAGUGGACGAGGGGAGGUUGUGUGAAGACGAGGAGAGGAUUAAGCAACUAGAGCUGGAGAACAGUGGUCUUCGUGAGCUGCUAGGGAUCAGUCGAGAGGCCUUCCUAGUUCUGACGAGAGAGGAGGCCUCGGAUAGCACAUCCCUGUCUGCCCUGUUGACCAGUGCUGACAUCAGCCUCCGGAAGAGUUAGGCCCACACCAGCACUAGCUUGGAGUGUGUGUGUAUAUAUGCCCUCCCCCCUCCCCUUGUACAGCCCAUGCCCCCCAAUCACCUACAGCCACAAACUCCCAGAGGGCACUCAACAAUGAACGAAGCCCCAGGUCAUACUGCCGCCCACCUGUCACACUACAAUGGAGGUAUACAUUAGGAAGCCUCUGUGACAAAUGGGAAAAUCCUCCAGCGGUGUAGUCUGUCAUGCAGUUUUUGUGUUGGCAUGCAUUGUGCUAUCUGAUGAGCCUGUGGGGUUUUAAAGUGUGAAUGAGUGAAAGUGCUGCUGUUGAAUGACAAUAAAACACUUGAAAGAAACAUG